GUUGCCGAAUCACGUGACUAAAAUAUAAAAGUAAACAAAUGGUCGAGCAAAAAGUCACAUGAUUUAGGGGAUUUCUUCGAUAUAUAUCCGAUUUUCUAGUUUCAGUAAAAGUAAAAAAACUAAAAUGUUAAAUUUGGAGAGAAUCCCAGACCAAGUUGGCUACUUGGUGUUGACUGAGGAUGGUGCAGUUGUUGCUUCCGGAGGUGAAUUGGAGAACGAUGAGCAGCUUGCAACCAGCAUUACGGAGCUGGUAUACACAAGCGAGGUUUUGGAACAAGGAUCGGCCCCUGAUAAUAAAUUCCACAAGAUAACAGUGGUGUACGAAGACUACACCCUUGGCAUUUGCCUUUCCAACAAAAGGAUCCAUGUUGUCAAGAGGAGAACCCAAUUGAAUGACUCCCCGCUGAUUGAUAUGAACUGAAAGUGCAAAGAGUAAAUGUUAAUGCAUUAUUGUGAUUCUCAAUAUCUGUAAAAAAAAAUUUGUAGCGAUGUUUAUGGUUUCCCCUCUUCAUUUAUUUUUUUAGUUCCAUUUCCAAGUUUUAUUAUUAUAAAAAGUUAAAUUGCAGUGUAUAUUUACAACUUGGAAUCCUCGAUGAUUUUCUAAUAAUUUCUAUAUAAUAAGAAAUAAUGAUAUUUAAAUUUUAAAAUAAAACUAAAAAUACUUCAGCUUUA